AUGGCUACCAUAGCCGCAGAUGAUUCUCCUUCUGAAGAGGAGAGUGUCAGUCGUAGACCCUCAUCAACAUCAACAACGCCUGAUGACAAUGAUCACCUAUGCCCUCAUCCAGGUUGUCAUAAAUCCUUUGCUUCUAAAACUGGGCUUGACAAUCAUUUUAGGGUUCACCUCACUGAUUCUGACAAGCCAUUUAUCUGUCCUCAUCCAGGAUGUGAUAUGCGCUACACAGGAAAGAGGGCCGUGGAUCGACACUACAAUCUUAAGCACACGGAUCAAAGUAACUGGCUUAAUUGUCCUGCAGAAGAGUGUGAUGCUUCGUUUCCUGAAGAAAGACAACUCAAACUGCAUCAAGUAGAACACGGUGUGUUCCGUUGUACUGCAACACGCUGUGUAUAUGAAUGCGACAGUGAACAGGAGUUGUAUAAUCACAGAGAGCGGAAUCAUACUAAACCUGACAUUUACGAAAGCCGUAUUGGUAAGAAGACAUCAGGAAAGUCUAAAAAGGCAGGAUCCAAAACUUCUCGCACAAUGUCAUCUGAUCAAGUUUCAGAUGAAGAGGAAACAGGAGAUGAGAUCAUUGUUGAUGACCGGCAAGGAGAGGACGAGCACUACCAUGAUGAUCAUGAUGAAGAGAAUGAUGCUUUCCUCAAGCAGGCUCCCUUUGACAAUUAUGUGGAGGAUUCCGAAAAUCAAAUCACCAAGAAAUCAGAGAAAAAACCUUGGAUGUGUCCUAAGCCAAACUGUAGAAUACGUCACGUAAAUCGAUUUGAUCUUAUUUCUCAUUGGCAGGACGCGCAUAGCGAACUACCAGAACCGUCUAAUUUUGCACUUCUAUACGCCUCAAAACUUUCCGAUGAUACUACCGCUAAUGUGGCCAAUGCACAUGAAGGACAAUCCAGUACUCUUCAGCCAGGUCGGAUCAACCAGAGGGAUAUAAGUCACGAUAAUUCAGUUCCUUACAAUACUGGUCUUCAAAGAUCAAGUGAUCAUCAGCAGGAAAAAAGAAGUGCUAAUAGUACAGGAAGUCCAAUGCCACAGACUACAAAUAUGAAUGGGUUAAAGGCAACAAAAGCUACCACUUCAACUUCAUCCAUUUCUUCUUUGCGUUCUCCAUCAACGCCAAACACUCAAACUCGUAUUGCUCAUCUAAGAUCCCUUAACGGUCCUCCAAUCGUUCCAUCUCCAUGCCAUACUGCAAAUAUAGCACGUCCAAGUUCUGCUUCAGCUACUUCUUCGGAAAAUUCUUCUACUUCUUCUACGCGUCGUGUAGCCAAUGUUCAGCGUACGAAUGAAACUACCCCAGCUAUAGCUCGUCCAGUUCAUCAUCGUCAAAAUGGCCCUCCAACUACUUUCGGUCGGGCGGUGGAAGCUCAACGACUCAAUCCUUCUCCCGCUAGAAGUAACAAACCUUCUAACAAUUCUGCUCCAGCAACACGCCUUAAUUCAGCUCGCCAUGCUGCCACUGACUCGCCUAGAGUGACCGGUGCUCCUGGUUCUCAUGCUAAUGCCAAAAUGCGUACCCAAGAGCAAUCUCAAUCUACUUCCCUUGCUUCUUCCACCCGAUCUUCCCCAAGGGGUUCGGAUGACGAAGAAGAAGAAGCUCUAUUUGUAUCACCUCCAGCUACCAACAAAAUCCAAGCUACAGCACCUAAUUCCCGCGCUUUAGGUGUUCGAGGUUUUGCAAAUAUGCCAUUACCAAGAGAUCAAGAGUCUGAUGAGGAAGACCUAAGACCAAGUCACAUCUUGAGGCAGGAAUGUCAAGCUGCAGCUGGUGAAUCAGAGAAUCCUAUUGGCCGUAAAGAUAAAGAUGGUAGAUCGUAUGAUGGUAAUGGUUCUGGUGCGAAAAUUUAUGGUGCCCCGUUGUCGGGUAUUAGGGGUUCUUUUGGUAAUAAUUCUAGACCUCGUGAGGUUAAGAAGAGUGGAAAGUCUGCAAGAACGGCUUCAUCUAAGUCAAAUGAUUCGGAUGAUGAUUUUGAUAUUGAUGAUAGUGAGUUGAGUUCAUCUAGUGACUCAUUUGAAGGGACACCUCGACUUUAUCAUCGCUCAAAAGAUCGUGACGACACACGUCCUUCCGACUCUCAUCGUUGCCGUUCCUCCAAUAAUUCCCGUCCACUAAGAACUCCUAGUCCUCAUAACGACGGAUAUCGUCCCUACGAAGUUUAUGGUCCAGAUCUUGACUCUCCACCACCAUCCUAUCUCAUCAAAUCUCCUGGUGUAAUUGACCGCACCCUUCCAUACCCCGAUCGUGAAGAAAAUAAAUUCCUAUCAGAUGUCGCUCAAGUUCAACCUGAUGAUCUCUUCGAUGCUGACGACAUCUUUUUCACAUUUCAAGGUCAGACUCCUCAUGAAAUAGAAGUUCAAGCACGUUUAGAUGCAGAAAAAGAAGCUAUGAGAGCAAAUGCAUAUGGUUCUAGAUUUCGUGCCCCAAUGCAUUUCGAUCAUUGUCCAUACACAGCUCCGAUUUGUCGAGGGGAACGCCAAACUUGGAUAGCAGAAAGAAAACGAAUCGAUACUACAGAAGCUCGUGAUGAUUAUUUCGAAGAUGUAGAGAUACUAUUGGGAAUUGAUCGUGAUGGUAAUCGUCACAGUACUUCUAAUUCAAAUAAACCUGUUUCCGCCGUUUUCACCAAGGGAAAAAAAGCCACUUGCGCGGGUCCAGCUCGUGUUAAAAGAAAAUAUAAUUGGCGGGAUCCGGAUUCGAAGAAUAAACGUCUUCGUGGCCGUAUUACUCGUGGUGCUCAAAAUUCUCGUUCUCGUGGUCAAGCACAAGUUGAUGGUGCGGAUGAACAGGUUGAUAUCAAAGAUCCUUCUUGGGCUUGGAGUUGGGCUUGGAGUGAGGCUGCAGGAGCGGUUGUUAAUAUUCGUGAGCCUGGUACGUUGUUUCGUGGGACUCGUCUAAGUGACGGGUCUACUCGAAGUGGUGGUGCGAUUCCUGACUUUGGUCCUCGUGCUUCUGGUGGUUUGGCUGGUCAGGGUUCUCUUGCGACUGCGAAUGUUUCCCAUGCUUCUGUUGGUUUGGCUGGUCUGGAGCAUCCUGGUAUCUCUGGUAACACUUCUGCAGUUACUGGUAAUGGUGGCGAAGCAGGUAUUACUCAUGCUGAGGAGUCAGCGGUCACUGGUAAUAGUACCGAAACCGCUGUUGUUCCCACUGAUGAAGAGGUAACUGCUACCGAUUAG